CACCGCCCGAGUCAGCCCCGACGCCGCUCCCGCCGCAGCAGCGCCCGGCCCGGCCCCUCGCGAUGGGGGGGGGCGGGGGACGAGGGGCGGGACCCCCGCCCGGCAGCAGCGCCCGGCCCGGCCCGGCCCCGCCGCGGGGCUGCGGGGCGGGUUCGCGCCCGCCUCCGCCCGCCCCCCGCGCGGGGCCUGCAGCGGGCAGCGCGGGGCGCCGCAGCCUGCGGGCGGCCGCCGUGCCCGCCGCCGCCCCGGAGGUGGGGGCGCCGCGCGGGGCCCGGGGUGCCAUGGAGGAGCCGCCGCCGCCCGCCUGAUCCCCGAGGCUGCCGGCACCGAGACAAAGCGCGGGGCUGCCCGCCGCGCCCGCCCGGCCGAGCCAUGGUGGAGCCGCCGGCUGAGCCUCCCCCGCAGCCCUGCCCGGCAGCGCCCGGGGGGGCAGCGGCGGGAGCAGCGGGGGGAGAGCCGGCCCGUCCCGGGGAACAGUCGCCGCUGCUGCACCUGGACCUGUACAACUUCGACUGCGCGGCGGCGGAGGGCAGCCGGUACGUGCUGACCAGCCCGCGGUCGCUGGAGGCCUGCGCCCGCUGCGCCGUGCGGCCGGUGGAGCUGCUGCCGCGGGCGCUGGGGGAGCUGCUGCGGGAGGCCCCCGGGCGCUCCAUGCGGGUGGCCGCCGGCCUCUACGAGGCCUAUGAACGGGAGCGCCGCCGCAAGCUGCAGCAGUGCCGGGAGGAGCGGGAGAGGAUUAUCCGGGAGGAGAAGAGGCGCAUCCUCGCGCCCCUCGGCAGCCUGCCGCCCUCGCCCGCUGCCCGCGUCGCUACCCGGGCCGCCACCACUGCCACCGCCGGUGGGCCCCAGCCCCAUGGCGGGGGGAAGGCCAGGGCAUCGGGGGGCGCAAAGGCCAAGAGCCACUCCCUGGACUCGCUGCAGAAGCGCCGUGAGGGCAGCUGGGGCAAGACGUCCUCGGAGUCGGGGGCCUCGUCCUCCUACAGCGGGGAGAGCCUGCGGGAGCGUGGGGGCAAGGGGGGUGGCCGGGGCCGGGGGGGAGCCACCGCCGCCGCCAGUGGCUCCCUGCUGGGGCGCAGCUUCAGCCUGGGUGACCUGAGCCACUCGCCGCAGACCGCCCAGAGAGUGGAGAGGAUCGUCAGGGAGGUGAAGAAGAGGAAGGGCCUCUCAGAGGUGCCCGAGAGGGACAAGAAGAUCGCAGCACUGAUGAUCGCCAAGCACCAGGAGGCCAGCCUCCUGCGGGAGCAGCGGCAGGCAGCCCACCUGCAGUGGGACAGCCAGCGGCGCCUGGCGGAGCAGCGGAAGGAGCAGGAGGAGAAAGACAAGCAGAGGGCCCUCCUGCAGGGCCAGCGGAUGUGGGAGAGCCAGGUGGAGAAGCGGCGGGGGAGGCUGAGCCAGGAGCAGGAGGAGGCCGCCCUGCUGAAGCAGAGGCAGCGACUGGUGUGUGAGGAGAGGUGGCGGGAGCAAGCCGAGAAGCAGGAGCGGCUGCGGAGGGAGAGGCUGGAGAGGGCCAUCAAGGAGGACAAGCAGAAGAAGCUCCAUCAAGAACACAACCUGAAGGCGAAGGAGGAGGGCAAGAAGGAGCACCGUGAGCGAGAGGAGCAGCUCCUGCAAGAGAAGCUCUCCACGGCCACACAGAAGAGGCUGAAGAAGGAGGUGCAGCUGCAGAAGGAGAAGAAACUGCUCAACCAAGCAGAGAAACUGAAGCACGAGGCCUUGCUCAAGGAACUGGCCAAGCAAGAGGCAGAAGAGAAGGAAAUGCUGAAGGCCUCCCUGGAGAUGAGUUUGACCAAGGCUCAAGAGAACUAUGAGCAGCUAGUGGAGAAGAGGAACCAGGAGCUGAGGGAGAAGGCCAGGCGGGAGGACAUGCAGAUCCAGAGAGCCAAACUGGCAGCAGAGAAGAAGGAAAGAGAGCAGAAGGAGCACUUGGAGGCCCUGGCUAGAGAGACAGAGAGAAAGCUCCAGCAUGCUGCCCAGGUGGCCGAAGAGGUUGUCCAAGAAAAAGCCCGCAAGGUGGUCUUGAGCCGUCUGGAGAAGGAGAAAGUGCAGAAGAUGAACAAGCAAAAGGUGGAACAGUACGAGGACUUACGGCGCAGGGAGAUCCUCCUCUCUAUAGAAAGGAAGCUGGAGAGGAGUGAGCAGAUCUUCAAAGAGAAGAAGACUGUCUUAGAAAAUGCCAGGUCUGUUGCUCGAGCAUCCUUCCAUGUCCGGGAAAAGGUACGGGAGGAGACUAACAUGCGCACCUUUGACAAGAUGGCCUUUGAAGCAGAACUGCAUGCCCACCUGAACAAGAAAUGAAAGAUCUUGUCACGGACAAGUGGGAAUACAUCACCGGUUGUCCAUCCUAAUGCAUCAGAAAGCUCCUCCGCAUUAAUAUUGAACAUUUAAAAAAAACCAACCACCACCCUAAUUUCUUAUUUUGGGGGAGCACGGUACCGCACAAAAAUGUGGCAGCUAUUUCACAUACUUUGUAAAAUAUGAUUUUGUUCUGUGCGUGUUUUAAGGACUGACCUCAGCCAUCUUUACAGAGGGGAAGUGAGCUUUGGUGUCCUCCACCCCACAAGCACACGCAUUUUCUCAGAGAGGGCUGCAGAAGUCGUCUGCUUGAAGCCUGUGAGUCUACACUGGAGCUGACCACAGCUGCACUCUUUGCAGCUGGAAAUGCAGACAACAGAGACUACUGACUACCAGAGCAUACUGGCUAAGAACCAAAACCACCCCAGCUGAUUCUGGCUUGAAUGACAGGCAGUUUGGUUUAAGUUAUGGGACUGCAUUUUCAAAGCCACUGCACUCCCAUGCCGAAGGUGAGGAGGGCUGGGGUACAGAAUGCCGUAGACCCCCUGGGUGCCCCUCACCUGCUGCUGGUACUUAGCAAGAGGAAGCACAGAUCAAGACUUUGUAACACCAUGUAAGUAGAUGUUAUGAUCAGAGCUGGACAGAAGCUGUUAGAAGUGCUCACAAACAAUUUCACUUCUGCUGCUUGCAGCUGUUGCCCCUGCCAGGUAUCCUCACCUCUCCUUUUCCUCUCAAAGUUUCUCUUACAAACCUCUGUACAAUUUCUUCUUUUGUUUUGGAGGAGGGGGAGAAGGAGAGAAGUUUGUGGGCAAUACACAAAAUGACAGGCACCCACACAACCCACUUGUUCCUUAAGAUAUAACAAUGAAUGAACCUGUGGAAGCUGGCCUUCAUGGCAAACAUGGAUCAUUUGUAAAUGGAAAUCUGCAAACAGAUUGCAUAGAGAAAUUGCCACCAUCAGGAAGUCUCAAAACUCGAGGAGACCCUCAGCAACCUUAUCCAACUUGGCCUGCCUUGAGCAGGAGGUUGGACCAGGUGUCUUCUAGAGGUCCAUUCCAACCUAGUGGUUCUAUGAGCUGCAUAAAAUGAGAUGUUCACCCAGUUCUUAUCAUAAUCUACUGAGCAGGGCAGCAUUUAUCUGUCCACUGGUGCUAACAGUUGUAUUAUAAAGGGCACAAUAAAGAGUAGAUGCACAAAAUAAGGUACAUUACAGAUUCUCUGAGAUGAGAAUCAUGGCUUUGUUGUAACUCAAUACCAUUUAGAGGGAACUGAGUCCUUCUGCCCUUAAUGCACUUGAAAAGUGAAAAGCCUACCUACGCUCCGCACACAGCAUUCAGUAAGAUAGCGAUCUGCUCCAGGUUUCCACGUUUACUCUCUGCUGGGUUGCAGUUACAAGCACACAUCCAAACCAGGCACUUUCUGCUGUUUUUUUCUGGCUCUGGGCAGUGCCAGCUCUCUGUUCCGUCAUCCAUGAUGCCGUGAUGGGUUGCUGUGGUGAUGGCAUCAGACCUGGAGCAUGGGGGAGAAGCAGCAAGAACAGCCAGGAUCUUGGUUCCUUGUGGAUGUCUCUGACAUAACAACACAGUAGAACAGAAAACCAGAAGAAUGUUGACAUACGGGACAGACAUGUAGUGCUGCAUGCAUAGAUUGCUAACCGGAAUUUCCCAGGAGGUGACAGCAGGUCAAAAACCUCACAAGGCUUUAAGGAAGGUGUUAAAUGGACAGCACCAACAACAGUAGACCAAGCACACCUUGGUGCCCUGCAAGACUGGAGACUUAUACAACAGCAUUGAAAAUGAAGCAAGUAGGGAUUUUAUUUGAGUUUCAUGGGACGUGCUCUUUGAACCACGGUACAAUUGGUGUCAUUGAGGGCAGGCAGCGUGAAAGUAGGAAUUAGGGCACCUGAGCGAUGUUUGCUCCAUCAGUCAUCGGCUCACUGUGUAAUGCCACGCGAGUCCUCAGGGGCUGGGCUUGCUCCUAUUGAUAUAAAUGGAAGCAGAGUCAGGCUCUUGGGAUUGCUCAGAAAUAGUAACACUUGGCUUGGCAAAAGGCUUCAGAGACUUUUGGACAAAUGAUGCUAACAAAGCACAAAGUACUAUUUAUUUAUUUAUUUAUUUAUUUAUUUAUUUGAGUGGUUAUUAAAGUAAAACAUUUCCAUUGGUGGAAAGCACUAAUUAACAUCAAAAUCUAAAAAUAUUGACAGCUGCAUUACUGUUUCCAGCUAGGAGUUUGUCCCCUCACCUUCAUCCUCAAAACAGCAAUCAGUUUGAACAGUGAAACCAAUCCUGCUGUAACACCAGACAAGGUUCUUGAUAAAAACCAGUCGUCUUCACAUGUUGUUUGUACCGCAGUGGUCCAUGUGUGCCCUUGUAGCUGCAAAGACCUAGAAAAGAGGUGCUCAGUGGCCCAAAUCCAGCCUGCACAAAACUUCUCUUGCUCCCUGGCAGCAGUAGAGUUGGGAUAACACCUGCAGUGACUCCAGCAUAGCCAACAUUUCAUCUCGUUUGUAGCCUUUGGGGCUGCAGAGAAAGCCUGCCAGCACGGAUGUGAGGGCUCUUGGUCCCCGCGGCAUCACGCUGAGGUUGAAGUUCACUGCUUGAUCCAUUUAGCAGAGGGCAAAUGGGCAAAACAGUGGAAAGAAGGCAAAAUGUGGCGGGCAAAUGAGCAGACGCAGUCUCUAACUGGAACAGCAGUUUUUCCCUAAAGGUCUACUGCAAUAUACCUGAAGGCUUUGUCCAAACCUCCCUCUGAUGGGGAAUUUCCAGUGUAGACUGAGAACGUUUUACAGCCCAGGAGACAUGUCUUAGCCACUGACUGUAAUUACACCUGGGGGUCCAUCUCCUGCUGUUGAGUUUGACACCUCUGGGCUACAGCUGAACUAAUCAAAACACAUCUACAUGGUGGUAAUGGGAUUGGCAAACUACUGUUCCUAUACCGUGCAGUGUGCAGUUUAAGUUUUGAGUGUGCAAUCUAAGAAAAAAAUAUUUUUUUUCAAAAGAUACUAAGCUGUGUAUGGAUGCUUUUUAUUUCUGUAGUGGUUCUAGUCCAAAGUCUGUGAAAGUCAAUGGAGUUAUAAGUUUAAAAUUGUGGCAUGGAAAAUUAAGUCAGCAAGUUGGGUGGAGGCAUGAGAGGUAUUUCUUGGGUCUGCGCUUCUGUUUAUUUGCGAAGGAGUUUUACUGCUGGAUUUCUGUGGGAACAGAAUUUAAACCCUGGAAUACAUGUAAAAAGUAUGGCCCUUUUAGAUGAAGCUUAUUUGGUGGUUUUGAUUUUGAGCUGCAGGCCAGGGAGAACUAAAAAUCAAAGCAAGCAACAUGUUACCUCAGCGCAGAAGUAGAUCAUGGCUUAUUUAAAGCAGUGGAGUAGCUCAUGACAUUUGGUUAGGUCCUGCAGAAAGAUAACUUAGGUUGGUCCUUUCCUGGGAUUAGAAAACACAUUUUAGGCUAUUGCUAUAUUAUAAUCAUAAGGUUGCAAUGAAGACCUUGCUUCUAGGCCAUUUGCUUGCAUGCCACAGAAUGACCACUAGACCUUGAAAUACCUGUAUUUCAAAAGCAACAGCAACAAAAGGACAAUUACCAGGAAACUUUUGUGACGGGUAACACAUCUUAGAUCCAGCUAGCAUCAAAUUCCCAGGUUUCAAUUCCUAAACACUUGGAGUGUAGCUCAGGUUUCACAUUGGAUCCCAUAGAUGUAAUGGGACAACCCAAAAUCUGGAUCCAGUGCCACUAAACAUUCAAAUCUAAAGCCAAACACUGACAUGUGGACACACCUCUAACUGCACUUAAAAACCACUCUCCUGCUUACUACUGCCCAUUGACGAGGACUACAGCUAGAAGUUGACGUGCUUGAAACCACUCUGCACAUUUACAGGAUUUCUGGAGUUGAGAUAUUGAAACAUUAGGGAGAAAGACUCCAAUAUCAUUUAAAUGUUCUAAAAAUAAUUACAGGACCAAGUCCUGGGAUGUAUUCUCAGGUAAAACUCCCAUCAUUAUAUACUAACAUUUUGCAUAGUGAGACAACAUGGUCCAGCACACAGUAUUGGAAAAGAAGAGUGUCACACCAUUGGCUAUGGCAGAACAGGACAAGUAAUUUCAGAGGCCCCACAACCACGCAGCCUGGUUUCCUUGGGUGGUGGGUGCCCUGGGAUUCUCACUCCAGUGAAACCAAGGCUGCAGGAUGAGUUCAUCUUGUAUUAGACAUCGGAGAACUCACAUGUCGGGGAGAACCACUGACUAAAGAGUGGUUUCCUUUGCCUGAGUCUGGAUAAAUGUUUCAUACAUUUUGAGUGUUCACAGACUGUCUUGUUUAUGUGGAUUGUCUAGUUUUUAACAGCAUCUGGGCUAAAACUGGAGCCCUUCAGUGCUAGUGAGAGUGCCAACAAUCUCUUCUGCAUGCUGCCUCUUCACACGAAAUUCAUCACUAAAACAAUCCCUCUGUCAAGGUUGAAUUUGGCAGACACAUUCAAAAGCUAUUAGGAGGAGGAGCUGUACCACCACUAGUUAAUAUUUUACAAGCUAUUUUUUAACCCAGUUUAUCAUAAAUUCUUUCACUGUGUGGAUAAGGGAGAUGUGAGGAUUGGAUUUCUCGCCUUGGUUACCUACUGUGUUUCUCUUAUGACGGUUAUGGCGCUCCAGGCUCAUUCUGUGCUAAAAUUUCUCCUGAUGCCAGGGGAAUUCUGUUCACUAAACAAAUGCUGAAUAUGCAAUGCACACAGGUCUCAGAAGGGACUUACUUCGGUGUGCAUGUCUUUACUAAGCCAAGCCCGGACAGGGAGAUGGGGGAAACAGAAUUUGCAACACAGAGUCCAUCAGCCACUAGUUUUCCAGAAGUUCUGCUAAGAGCAGCCCCAGAGCCACCUCUGCCAGUUGUCAUCAGGGAAGUGACUGCCUCAGGGAAGUGACACCUUCUGCUUCCUUACUGACCUCAGAGUGAGCCAGGCUGAUCACAUCCUACCUGAGGACGGCUUCUCAUCACCACCAGUUGUUACAGCAAAACGAGAGAUUUGCUUUCAGCUGUGGGUGUUCUUCCUCUGGUGGUGAAGACAACAAUGUAAUAGUUAGAAUGCUAUUUUGCAAGUCUUUUUUUUUUUUUAAUCUUUUUUUGUUUGUUUUUAAAGCAGAUGCAGAGAGGUAUAAGGACGAGACAGAAAAUUUAGAUGCAGCACGCUACAGGUGAUGACUGUGGCUCUCUUCGCACAGAGUUCUGCUUUGCAGACCUGACUGAGACUGUGCUGUUGUGUGGUAGAGCAGCCACCACAUCCAGGAGAGCGGAGGUGCUCUGGGAGGGAUCUGCCUGCUCUCAGAUCACACAAGCUCCCUUCAAAGAGUGCAAGUUUAAGCUCAUUUAAUGCUUUGCUGAGUCAAGGUCCUAGGGAAUUAAGUUUGUUAGAAUUCGACUUAGCUGUCAUAGUUGUAAAAGAAGGCUGUCAUAGGCAAAGAAGAGAAAGACUGUGGCUUAGCCCAGUCCCUCUGGAAGUGAACCCUGUGACAUUUACUUUGCAGCACAGUACAGGCAUGUUCUAACAUGAGCCGAUGGAGCCCCAUGACAACUCCUUGUGGGAGCGCAGCCACAAGCCCUUGGCAAGAAAGUAGCACCUCCUGUAAAGAGCCAGUACUGAGACACGGUGGGAAAAUCAUAAUGCUGCUGCUUCUAGGCAUGAUGUGGCUCUGCCUUUCUUUCUGUUAAGAUAUUACUAGAUGAUGUUUUGAAGGGAAAACACUGGGAAGAGGAAAAAAUGUAAAACUCUUCUGUACAAGAUACCUGGAAAUGCAUUCUCUGUUUAUGCAGACCAGCCAGCACUUGGGAAGGCCAGCGUUUGGAACCCUCAUAAUGGGAUAUGCCCCACAUCCCGUAGGCCUCUCAUGGCUAGGGCAUAAAAAAUUCAGAAACACGAACUUAUUAUAGUAAGAUUCUAGUCUAAAAGGACCCAAAUAAUUCUCUGGCAAGUUUGCACUCAUCUCCUACAUCCCUGCCAUUUAGCAAGAAAUCCCCCUGCGUUACAAAACCACUCUGGUGGUAAGAAAUACCCAGAAUUACAAAACCAAACUGCCAGUGCUAUUUUGCUUUACAUAGCUCCCCGCAUCCAAUCUCAGGACCGGGCUGUGAGGUAAACUAGUUAUCGCCCCCAGCCUAUGUACAGGAAAAAUUGAAGCAGAAAGAACUGAUGUGACUUGCCCCAGGCCAUGCUGGCACUCCGUGAUCUAGCUGGAGCUCUCACUCACGUCCUCCCUGUUCCCUGAGCAGCCCUCUAAUUAACUGCUCCUGGUUGCAAGGGAAGGAUGUCCCCGUGCCCCUGCUGUGGCAGCUCCUCUGGCUCCUGCUCUGCAGCUGGUGCUUUAAGGAGGAUGAAGAUUUUAAGGUGCCUGCCUCCACUUCUGGGCAUUGCCCCCAAAUCUUGAAGCACUGGAAGGGUCCGUAAAAUUUCUCUUUAGGCUUUCAAAUGGAGGGCCUGAAGGUGAGUGGCACAGAUAAGGCUGCACUGGGAGCCCAGGACAGAGGCAGGGCAGGAGGAAGGUGAAUUAGCAGAAAUGGGCAGGAGCUACAGAUGGAAAUGUUAAAUGAAAGAGCAGGCAUGGACUGAGAACCCUUGUACCAUCCUGGCUGGCUAGAAUCACUUAUAUCUAUAUGUAUGACAGCAUACAACAACACUUUCUUUCAGUACAUUAAAGUUACAGGGCCCAGUUCAUCCCAUUAGUUACCUCCCUAGAGCCAGCAGAGUUACUCCAGGAAUUAAUACAGCCUAGCUACAUUAACCUUUUUAUUAUUUAUGUAAACCACAAUGCCUUGGGAUAGGUUAUGCUUCUAAGAGCCUGGUGGAAAUUUCCCCCUGCCUGCACUGUACCCGGGCAAUGGGAUGGCAGGGUCACAUACCGGUUGGUAUUUUUAGGCACGGUGACGAGUUUGUCAAUACCCCGUGGUGCACACUGUGUUCCUGCGUGUUUGCAAAGCAGUGUCUGCUUAAACAGCACAGCGCAGCCGAGGGGAACAGCAGCUGGCACAGAGGCACCUUGUCAGACAGUAAGCUAAACAGUGGGGAGUAAGAGAUUUGGCUCUGUGUCUGUCAGAUGCUAUUGGGAAUGUUUUGGUUUGUAAGAGAGUGAUGGGAUAAUUUCUUCUCAUUUUUAAUCACCUCCAAAGUAAGCUGUGCUAUUUUUAACAAUUAUUUAAAGAUUUACAAGAGAUGGCAAAAUAAAUGAGGAAGGGAGCUCAAAACACAGUUGUGUAGGUAAAGCAGAAAGACAUUUUGCCUUCCCUCCUGAAAAAAGCCCUGAGCAUUACGCCAGCAGUGGAGAGUUUUGUUAAGUGCCAAGUUGCGUGCACUUUGUUAGACCCUAGGAGAGGGCCCAUUCUGUUCCCAAGCUUUGCUACCUGUGCACCUGUCUCCUGCCCACACUGAACAAGCCAGGCUUCACAUUUGCCUCCCAGUCACAGCUAUUUCCUCAGACUUGAAGGAAAAAGUGAGAUCAAGGAAACACAAGGUGAGAUCCAUGAACAGAAAGACAGUAUUUUCACUGUAGAGGGACCACCCUACAUCCUGGGUGGGCUCAGCCCACAUCUGACAUGACGCCCAACGGAGGAGUGACACUUUGCUCUCAUCAGGGGAUUUCUGCAGCCCUCACCCAGACACUGCCUAAGAGCCUCUGUUCCAUUUUGUGCUCCCACCAGAUUCAAGUUGUCUUUAUUUCCUAGCCAGUUUGGCCCUGAGGCUCCUGCUCCCAUUGCCUACACCCACAGCUCGGUACCUGGGGAGCCAGCCACACGGUGCAGCCAAGUCUCCGCUUGUCUGUAGAGGCUUCAAGCCAACUAAUUUGCCCAGCUCUUCCUUAAACUGAGGCAUGUCUGUGCAUGAGCAACUACAGGAACUGUCUGAAUCAAAGCUUUGGGCCUUUGGGGGGUGUAGAUUGAAAACCUACAGAGGAACUAGUAGCAAAGGGGUGCUACUGCUUGAUUUUUGGGGUGAUGUUGGCAGCCUAAGAUACAUCCACCCUACCACCACUGCAGUGACUGCCAGUGAGGUGUGGAUAUAACCAAGUCAGUGUUAAACAGACUGGCUCAGUCACCACUAGCAGUUUAACAGUGCAGUGCCUAGGAUGGGCUAACUGGUCCAGUAUUCUCCAGCUUCUCUGUAUGGGCUUUUCAACCCAUCCUGAGCCCUACCUGUAAAUUCUUAACUAGCUUAUAUAGACCUGCAUGACCUGUCAUGAUAGGAAUUUUAGAUAUAUCUUAACAGCUCCGAGUCAUGACAUUGCUUUCUCUGCUAGCAGUUUCACCUGCUGCUGUGCAGGAAGAAGUAAAGCCAGGGAGGAUUGUUUCAGUAAACCAGAGCUGACCUGCCUGUUCUCAGAAAAUGGCAGGCAGGCCAAGGGAUACUGCAGGGCUUUAUGCAACACUAGUUAGAGCACCUGACAUCUUAGGUUUGCUGUGGAUACACUCCAUAUCACUUUACAUGGUAGCUGUCGCUCCAACUCACGUCUUCUGGGUGCUGCAGGUCCUAAUAUCUUCCAGGCAGAAGGCACUGUCUUGUAACAGAAGUUUUCUGUGAUUCCUACAACAUCUCAAAGAACCUGCACACACCUCUUUGUACAGUCAGGUAUUUCAAUGCAUUUUAUUUACGGUUCCAUCAAAAAAUUGUGGAAGCAGAGAUUCCUGAAGGCAGUGAUGUUCACAUCCAGAGCUACUGUCCUCUCUAAGUGUCUCUCUCGGAUCAGACUACACUGUGCCACUCUAUAGAUUUCUUGCAGCUCCUGCAGUCUCUGGGAACCUGCAGAUCCCUCCCUGCAAAGACACUGUACUAUAAUGCAGAUGCCACGUGAUUCAGUCACAGCCUGCAAGUCCCCGAAUGCACAGAAAAUCUACAUCUACCAGGGAGAUUUCUGCAGAGUCCCCUGGAAUCCGCAGGGGGCCUUUCCGUCCAUCCUAAUGCCAGCACUCUAUAAACUCGCAUGCUUUACGGUACCUGCUGACCUAGCAAUACUGUCUGAAUCCUCUCCCUGACACCACACUGCAGUGUCUUCAGGUACAGGGAGGCACCCUGCAAGCAGGCAAGGCUGGCCAGGCAGUUAACCUGUCAGAUGUAUAGAGUAAAACGUUAGCAUAAGUCUUUUCUGUAGGGGAAGUCGGAGGCACAAAUGCAAAGGGACAAAAGGUCUCCCCAGAGGAAAGGAAAGAAUUGCUGCGUGUGAGAGAGAAGAAAGAAAUGGCAAAAUGGGAGAUUAUAAUAACCUUCAAAUCAUAGGAGACGCAGUUUAUAGGUCUCAUGCAACAGAAAUGUGCAUGGCAAACAGCUCCUUUCACACAACAUUUCAGAUACCCUCAGGGAAUGAAGGAUGGUGGAAGGUAGUAAGGACCACAGGUAAGAAAAGAGGUGUUUUCCAACAAGAGCUGGGAGUCACUGGAAAGCUGAGUGAGUGGAGAAAUGUAGAAAAGCUGUUCUAGACAUCUCCAACAAUGAUGGCUCUCAGUGGUGAGAGUAAGGAGGCAAAAGAGAAACACGUUCCAUGGAGCUGGCUGGGAUAGGUACACGGAGGACUUAAACGAGUGAAUAUAAGGAAAAUAGGACUGGGACCCUACAUGAGAGUCAUGAUGAAUUUUGACUUUUUAAAAGUAUCCUUCCCGUUGAAGGCGCCUACCUUACAGUAGCAGAGAAAUGUCUUCUGGAACACCCCAACCCAGUGGCUUCCUCCACCCCAGGCUUGCGUGGGUGCUGCUCUGGGGGGGCUGGGCAGGCAGCACCCCGUGACAUUAGAGCAGGAGGGAGCCUGAGCUAACCUGCCACCCUUUGUGCUCUGGGGCAGCAGCCAAGGGUGCCCAGGGGGGUUCUGCGAAGCAGAGGGUGAUAAGGAGCACUUCUCUUAGUGUCGGAAUGUGAGCUGACACUAAAAGAAUUUUACCGUGUGUCAGUGCUAGGAUCAGGAGCAUGAGCUGCAGGAGAGGUGUCUAGCUCAAGAGCACAGGACGAGGAAGCACGGUUCUGUUGAAGCUUAAUUCUGCUUUUUUUUUUUGUUUUGCUCUUUUUUUUUCCCUUAGAGAUCAAAUUUAUUGUCAAACUGCCAGGGGUUGGUGGAGACCCACAACAUGCCCAUAGCCCACUUCUUGUUAGGAAAGUGGAAAGCUGGCUGGCAGUUUCGCACAAAGGCCAGAUCCAUGAACGGCUUUAUUGGCUUUAUUUGUAAGCAACCAUUUCGAUUCAGUCACCAGACUGCAGGGCUGGGUUCAUGCCCAGUAAGGUCAAUUGCCCAAAGGCAAGCACAUGGUGACAACUAACACAUUCCUGUGUCUGAACAGAGGUGACACCACAGCCAAAGGAAACCUGAGGCUGUGGCUGUUUCCAGGGAGGGCAGGGACCUUCUCAAAGGGAAAAGACAGAUUAAAGGGGAAUCAUAGUCCUCAAGUAUGCAGUGACAGCAUGGGAAGAGAGGCUAGCUGAAAAAAAUGUGUCUCCCUCAAGAAAGAUAGUGUCUCACCACUGGCAGGCUGGAUGUGCGCUCAUGUCCCCAUCUUCUUCUCUGGCAGGAACGAGAAGCAGACUCUCAGCAGAAAGGGGGGACAGACAGCUGGCUGGGAGGAUGAAACCUGCUAGGUCAGACCUCGUCAGUCAAACCUCUCCCUCUGAUUUCACUUGCAGGCUGUGAAAGGGAGACUGGCCUUCAACCCUCAAUGACUUGUACAACCCCGAAACCUGGUCAUGCAUCCACGCUCUGAUGCAUUUGCUGCACUUGCUUGGACAUGAAGGCAGGCUUGUAGGGCUUUCCAGCAUGCCAGCCACAUGCUUCACAGCCACAUCCCAGGCACAACUUUAAAGCAGCUGAAAAGGCUGUAUCUCAUCCUUCCCCAGCUCGAGUCAGCAGAAUUAUUUGGUUAUUCAGGAGUCCCCCCAUUGACAGAGUGGAGGAAAAAUAAUUAGAAACCUUCUUUUUACAUAUGCCAGCUAGCAGGCAGGAUCAAUACACACAGAGACUCCCUGAUUUCUGACAUGCCUAAGCCCUCAGACGGAGGGGUUUUUGCACCAUAUGGCUCUAUCACUUGACAAAAUAGUGCCCUAGAUACACUGGUUGUUUUCCAGUCUGCCACCAAAUUAACUUAGGAGGAUGGGCAUAUACAGCCACAGUUUCUGUGCUGUUACCACCAUUUCUGAGGUCUCCAGACCGAUCACAAGCCGCUGUAUUUUUGCAGCCCCUCCUGCCCCCCUUCCCUGGGACUAGCUACCAAAGGGAUUAAACGUGGCAUGUUAUCUACUGCAGUGGCUUAAUCACUAAGCAAAGCGCUCAUCCCCUGACCGCAAGGUCAAGGAAUUAUCUUCCUGACAGAUAACACAGCCAGGGUUUGGAAUGAAAUGAGGAGCUGAACUUGUCAUUGCAAGCCCACAGGCCACGGCUUUAUUGCUGUUUCUGGGAGAGUAACUCCACUGUGAAAGUGCAGUGUGACUUCUCACCUGCCCUGAGAUGCCUCUUGGUGGCAGGGGAAGAUAAACACAGGAAAAAUGGUAUUCAGCUUUGUACACACAUGCCCCCCCCCCCCAUAAGCACCCCCUAUGCCAAACCUGUCCCUCUGAGAGCAAAAGGUUUUGCUGGUUGGUUAUAUUUGGCACCUUGUACUAAAGAGAGAACAUUAUGCAGGAAAAGCUUUUAAUAGACUGUGAAGAACUAACCGAGCACUAAGUCUGGGCCAGAAAAGAAGUGACCUCGAGGGAGACACAUAUAUCUAGAAAUAUGAUUUCAGAGGGCACAGGUCCUAUGCGCUAGUGUCAGCGGAAGGUGGGAAGCCCUGUUCCCAUGUAAGCUAGCCUGUCGGGGCAGAGCUGCAGGGCCUGACCGCCCCACAGCUCGGCGCGCACAGGGGCAGCCCCACUGGGCUGCGAGGGGGCAACUGAAGGCAUCAGUGAUAAAACUCUUCAUUAAAGAUUUAAAUAUAAAGAAUUCAGAUCUGCUGCCACCAGAAAAGAGGGAGGAGAACUGAUGCAGAGCGCUACAAAACCAGGUUAUUACUAGGGACUAACACAGGGCACCAGCUCCCACAGCUUUGCCGGGAACACCUCGGGACCUUCUGCGCACAUCCAGGCAGGAUGAGCCACGGCCCCCUGCCUGCUGGCUGCCCGAGAUUGGCCCCAUUUCAUAGAUGGGGAAGGCGUAAGCUUAGAUUACAGAAAAAGGCUGAGAAGAUGAUGCUCUCUACCCAAACCUGGGUGAUACAAAUAGCUUCCAGCUCCCCAAGUGACUCCUUCAAGGUCAUGUAUAUGACAGUAACUGCAGAGGAGAAACCCCCGUCUCUCCACUUUAGCCAACAGCUCAGGCCCCUGAGACUCUUAGUUGAAAUUACACAAGUGCUAAAUCUUCCCUGUUGCACCUUUCAAAAGCAGGUAAGCAAUCAAAGGGCAUUUUCCCACCUCCCUCAGUACAUCUCACCUUUUGCCAUCCAGCUGCUCCCUGAAGAUCAUGGUUAUUACCAAUUGUCUGUGAAAUACCCACACCCUGCCAAGUCCGUGUGCCUUACCUGUGAACAGCAAGGGCCACCCUGCAGCCAGAGGUGCUUCUCUCCUCCAUCUUCCCACCAAGAGAUGCUUCCUGCAGCACUGGCAUGGGACAUGAGAAGUCCCACUUCAAGGUACAAGCUUAGCCUAGAGCCUGCUUGGCAAAUUCCACUGUUCUUCAGCUAUAAAUCAAAAUAAAAAUUUUUUUAUUACUUUCAGCUCUGAAACUUGAAGGGUCGGAUCAUCUUUGGGAUCUCUGUAUCUCUAUUAAGCUUGGUGGGCAGAGGUCACAACUGUGGGGAGGUGGGAGAGACAGAGCAACUACCAACACUUUUCUUAGGGAAGCAAGCUAGACAAGCAGGUUGGUAAGGUGAAGCUUUUUGAGUUGAAUGCGUUGCAUCCAAAAAGCACAUGUCCCUCGCAAAGGGGCUCACUGAGGUUACGUGUGUGCUGUUCUUCCUCCUGGGGCAGGGCACAAACGUCGGUGCCCUUUCCGCACACCCACCUCCAACAGCGCAGCAAAGACACAGAGAUAUUUAAACAAACUACAGGCAGGACUGGCAGGUGGAAUAAGUAACCUGUCUGCCCUGCAAGGGGCCUGGAUGAGCUACCUGCAAAUAAAGGUCUUUUUUCCAAUCUCUUGUCUCAGGAGAAGAUGACAAAACCCCAUGGUGCUCCAUGUGGAAAAUGGAAUGCUAAUAAAGCUUCAAAUUUUC